CUUCACUUUUCCUAAGCACCAAGCACUCAGCAAUCAAGACUACCCUUUUUCUCAUUCUAUUUUUCCCUCAACAAAUACACAUAUACAGACAAUGGCCACAGCAGCAUUCUCUGCAAUUGCCCUUCUACUCUUUGUGCUCAAUCUUUGCCUUAGAGGCACUUCUGGGGACUAUGGAGGGUGGCAAGGUGGUCAUGCCACUUUCUAUGGUGGGGGUGAUGCUACUGGGACAAUGGGAGGUGCUUGCGGUUAUGGCAAUUUGUACAGCCAAGGGUACGGUACUAACACUGCAGCACUUAGUACUGCCCUAUUCAACGAUGGCUUGAGCUGUGGAGCUUGCUAUGAAAUGAAAUGUGACAAUGAUCCCAAAUGGUGUCUCCCUGGAACCAUCACAGUCACUGCUACCAAUUUCUGCCCUCCUAACAAUGCCCUGCCUAAUGACAAUGGUGGCUGGUGCAAUACUCCUCUUCAACAUUUUGACUUGGCUGAGCCUGCUUUCUUGCAAAUUGCUCAAUACAGAGCUGGAAUUGUACCCAUCUCUUUCAGAAGGGUCCCCUGUGUGAAGAAAGGAGGAAUAAGGUUCACCAUCAAUGGACACUCUUACUUCAACUUGGUAUUGGUCACAAAUGUGGGUGGAGCAGGAGAUGUACAUUCAGUAUCAAUCAAGGGGUCUAAGACAGGGUGGCAACCCAUGUCAAGAAACUGGGGCCAGAACUGGCAAAGCAAUGCAAUCCUCAAUGAGCAAAGCCUAUCUUUUCAGGUCACCACAAGUGAUGGUAGGACAGUGACAAGCUACAAUAUUGUGCCUGCUAACUGGCAAUUUGGGCAAACAUUUGAGGGUGGUCAAUUUUAGAGUUCUUUUUCAGGACAAGCAACUUAAUUUAUUUGCUAGUAUUGUAGAAUUGUUUGCGAGGAUGGGAGGGGGUUUAGGGUAUAGGAGAAGGUUGGCCCAUGUGGCUGGCUGUUGCUGAGGUGGUAUAUUGGCACCCGCUAGGCCUUUUUUUAUAACAAGAAAAAUGAAAUGAUUGUGAGAUGUUAGUUCUCCCCAAUUUGGUUUUUAAUCCCAGUUGGGGUAAUUUAUGUAACAAAUAUAUAUAUAUCAUCACUUUGAUUGUUGGUUC